AUGCACUGGUGCUUUCCUGCAGGUGUAGGUGCAGGUGAAAAGCGGCGGACAGGUGCAACGCCGCAACGAAGUCGCAGCGGCCCCUUGCGACCUCUGCGUGCUGCAGGGGCACUGGGCUCUGGUCGAAGGGCUGGGAACACCAGUGGAGGCUUCGAAAGCCAUCGAACAGGUGCCAGCAACAAUAGCCCACAGUCUGGAAAGCUGCAGGAGCCGCUCCAAGAAGAGGAUAAAGAAGAGCGACAAAAAGCGCAGGAGGAGGCAUUCAAGCUUCGCUUGGCACCCUACGAACGCGCCAUUGCCGCCUUAGAAGAGAAGCAAAGGCUCUACGAUGAUCAAGAGACCAGGAUCAAGGUCUUGUCCAAAUCCUUGGAGGAGCAGCAGGGCAGAUCGCAAGUCUUGAUCCAGAGACUGCAGGAGGAUUUGGAGCACAGCCGAGCCGAGGCCGAGCAAGAGCGAUCGAGCCUUCGGGAGGUGGCUUCUGCCAAAUCUUCCCUGCAGCAGAGGAUGGGUGAAUUGGAGCAGGAGGUGGCCCUACGGAAGUCUCAUGAGGAGUCCUUGCAGCAGCGUCUUGCUUUGAUGGAAGGUGAAAUGAAGCUGGUACAUCAGAAGUGCCAAGCAGCUCAGGCUGCCGAAGAGGAGGCUCAGCAUAUCGUGGGGGACGUAGAAUCCUUGCGUCUGACACGGCAACGGCUUCAAGAGCAGAUACAGGAGCAAGGGCGAGAAGUGUCGUUGCUUCGAGAAGAAAAUUGGCAGCUGAAGGAGGACCGCGGCCGCGAAAUAGAGAAGGCCCGGGCCAUCUCCGAGCGUGAAAUCCUGGCAAAGGAGACCUUGCAAUUGGAAACCUUGCAGCUCCAAGACCAAGUCCGUGACAAGGAUUCGGAGGUGAAGCUGGCCCGGGAAAAGAGCGACGUCCAGCAGCGCCGCAUCGAGAAGCUGGAGAGCGAGGUCUCCUCUUUGCAAGCUUCCCUGGAACGCGAAAGGCAGCACAGGUCGGAGCUGGACCACAAGCUGGGCGAAGUGGAGAUGCAGAGGCUUUCCUCCAUACUCGAUGAGCAUCGCACCUUGGUCCGAGGGCUGCGCCUGGACUUAGAGAAGGCGAGGCAGGAACUUAAUGAUGAAAGAGGCCGUUCCAACAACCUUGAAAUGGAGAUGUCUGCUGCAAAGAAGGACUGUUGGAGCACUCUGUCAUCUCAGUGCAAGGAGACCAUUUUGUGGGAAGUUGCCCCGAUUUUUUGCCGCGCCUUGAGUCUGUCUGUAACUCAAAACUGGGUGGUCGGUGAUACGCAAAAGUGGUACGAGGAGAACUACACAGUGCUUGAAGCGUUAGGCCUUGGCGCAGCAGGUCGCGUGUUGCGAGCCUCCAGGAAGAAAGAUGGCAAGGAGGUAGCCUUGAAGCUGCUUGAUGCUCCUGAUGAACAAGUUGUCAGCGCACGCAAAAAGGAGUUUGAGAUGCUGCAGAAUCUGCAACAUCCCAAUAUCGUUGAAGCCAUUGAUUUCAUGUCGAGCGGAACUCAGGCAAUUGUGGUGCUCAACUUUAUUCAGGGGAGUACGCUGGAUGUUACAGUGAAGGCCACAGAGAGGAAGUGUUUUUCAGAAGAGAUCUCUCGUGAUCUCAUCCAUCAGCUCAUGAGUGCUGUGAAUUACCUGCACUCAAGACGGGUUGUCCAUCGUGAUAUCAAGGCUCAGAAUGUGAUCAUUUCCCCUGAUCAGACGGGCUUGCACUUGCUUGACUUCAACACCGCAAAGUCUUUAAAAGAUGGAGGAGCAUACACCAUGACAGGCACAAUGGAAUAUGCAUCACCAGAAGUUCUUGAUGGACACUCGCCAUCAGAGAAGCACGAUGUGUGGUGCACAGGUUUGUGCCUCCAUUUGAUGAUCACGGGUAGCCUACCCCAUAGUUUCUCAAGAUAUCGGAACUUCGAAGAGUUCACGGCCGCAGUUUUCAGAGCGCCGGUCAACUGGCAAUCUCCCCAAUUUGAGUCGGCCUCUUCGGAGUGUAAGGAUGUGGUCAGAAAGUGCUUGACUCUGGACAUGGCCUGCCGCCCAGCACUGCUCCUGGUGCUUCGAAUGGAGUGGUUUUUCUUUCAAGCCCCGCUUCAACCACGCGUUUGCUCAGUCGGGGCUGAUGCUUUCCACACUGCGAUCAUUCAAUCCAGAUCAAAAUCGUGGACAGGUGCAUCACAUGAACUCUUUGUGUGA